GUCGUCUACGCAUGCGCACUGUGCGUGGCUGAAAAUGUGGCAUCGCCUGUCUAACCCGUUCAUAUGGCUAAAUCAGAGGCAGAGUUCUUUAGCAUCGAAAGGUCUCAAAGCUCUGACCUCUGCCCACCUGCUGCACGCCAGCGGCGCUGAGCCGAGCUGCAGCUACGAUGGCGGCCUGUACCCCGGACACAUCCAGACCACGCCCUUCCAGAAAGCGCUGCUGGCCGUCGGAUCGGGCGUGGCGGCUCUGCAGGACCCCUACAGACACGACAUGGUGGCUGUGCUGGGAGAGACUACAGGACACUUAGCGCUGAUAAAUCUCAGGGACCGGAUGCAAAAUGACCCAGAGGGCUACACGAUCCUGACAGAGAGGCCGAGGAUCCGCCUGUCUACACUGGAUCUGGAAAAGAUGGCCUCCCUACCCGAUGGGUCCUUUGGCCGAGAGUAUCUCAGAUUUCUGGAGGAGAAUAAAGUGACGCCGGACUCUAGAGCGGAGGUGAAGUUUGUGGACGACGAGGAGCUAGCCUACAUCAUGCUGAGAUACAGAGAGGUCCAUGACUUGUUGCACACCUUACUGGGCAUGCCCACCAACAUGCUGGGUGAGGUAGCGGUGAAAUGGUUUGAAGCUGCUCAGACGGGGCUUCCCAUGUGUGCCCUGGGAGCUGUGCUGGGGCCUCUCCGGCUGAACGCAAGUCGUUUGCAGACACUCGUCACAUCUUUGGGCCCCUGGGCCCUGCAGAACGGCAGCCGGGCACGCUGUGUCCUCAGCAUCUUUUACGAGCGGCGAUGGGAGCAGAGCCUGGAGGAGCUCAGGCGAGAGCUGAACAUCGAGCCUCCUCCAGUCAUACCGAGUGCCUCAAAGAAGACGGGCGCCUGAAGAAGCAGAAAAACCCCUUUUCACAAGCGGAUGUGGAGAGAAACCAGAAAUGUCGGAAUGAUGAUGACGGUGCGGGAUUUUCAUCCUGCAGGAUAUAAUUAUCUGCAGAGGAAAUAGGGGGAAUUUUGAUUUUGGUGAAGUCUGGCUCCUUCCUCCUGUUAAUUAUAAGCUUUCAUCAGCUUUCAGUUGACUCUGUCAACUUAUGGCAUGAUGAAGUUUCCAUUGCUUCCUCUUUUUGGCAAAAAGUCCUCCUCCUGCAACGCUAUGCAGCUGUCAGUUGAGAAUAUGAUGUUUGCAACAGUGAUCACCAAAAAAUACGCUUAAGAUGCAACUGUUUCAUGAGCAAAUGUUGUUUUCACAUUUCCAUGAUGGUCAUCAUUAUCUGCACUCUUAUUUAUUAGGACCUGAAAUCAGCUCUCAGCAGAGUGUUUUUGUUCGUCCUGUUUUAACCGAGCGGUGAUAAAGGAGCAUGAGUGCACCUGCGUUGGUUUGAGCUCCAUCACAACAGGCACUUACGGCAAUACUCAUCAUGAAAUAAGAUUAUAGAUAGAUGUUUAUGUCAUUUCUGGUCUGACUAAUAACUACCUGGUAAAAGGCAGUUACGUUUUUACCAUAAAGUUAAAACCGCAUUUCCAGAAAAGAAAAAAAAGUCCAGGUCUGUGGCUAAUUUAGCAAGAAGAUGUAGAGAAAUUCUGCAGAAAUUAUAUUUGUAUAAAGUGUUUUAUGCACCUGACAGGCCUGCUGCCCCCAAUCCAGUUUCACUUUCUGCCGAAAGUGAAAUCUUUUUUUUCUACCGACGUUUCUCAAAGUCCAACAUUAAGCAUCUGAUUACAGACAAUUAAGUUAGCAAAGAUGAUUUUAAAAAACUCUUAAAAAAAUAGGCCUGCAUUGUUUAAAAAAGAAAAAGUAUCCAUGUUUAGUAAAAAGCAUUUUUCUGGUUUCCAACAAAAUGUAAAAGAUAGUAUAUGUUGGUGUUUUGUACUGAGGUGUUGGUCAUCUUCAAACUACCAAUGGGACAAUGCUCCAGGAAAAGACUCUGUUCACGUGGACUUAGUUGAACAAAAAAGGAUUUUAUCUCAACCAGGCCCUGAUAAAAAGUUACAGAUGUGUGUACCGCUCUGGAGGGAUCGAAAGAGGAACUAUGAACACAGCCUCAGAUUGGCACCAUAUUUAUCCAUGGCUCCGUCUAGUGAGUCAGGCUCCAGGAUGUGAGAUGUUAUCACAAAGAACCUUGCCCUCUGGGCUCAGUCUUACAUCCGCUCUUUGCACACAGCCUGUCCAGUCCUGACACGGCCCUUCAGAUAUACUGUAUUACGGCAAAGGGUUCUGUCCCCAUGAAACAGUGUGACGUCGGUUCUCUGUUCCAACAAACUCUUGUUGCUCACGGCUCCGGCUGAAAUCACAAUGAACCAUAUGGGGAAAAAAUUACAGACAAUGCCAGACAUUACACUGGGCAUUUUGAAUAGUGCUGGAAAUACCAUGUACACAAUAACACUACUUGAAAUAAACGUGGAAAGUUGUGAUAAAAAUAUU